CCUCGAAGAGGGUUUUUAAAUGUUUUUUAUUUUUUCGCGAUCAAAUUAUGUGAACUGAAAAUCCUAGACUUACGGACAUAUAAUAUACAUUUGCUGCAAAAAUCUACCAAGCAAUAUUUUGUGUCAUAUGGAGGUUAUUGAUUGCACCCACUCCUCUGAAUUAUUGUGAUUUUCAUAUUAAUCUAAAGUUUCUAAUGAACUCAGUAUAUGUGAUUUUACCCUAUGGUAUGGAAACAAAAUGAAUAUAGAAAAUUUUUAUGAUGACUGGAGAUGUAUUUAUCCACAAAGCAUAAGGAAUGUAUAGGUUUAACAAUACUACGCUGUGAAAAUACGCUAAAAUUCUGCAAAUCAACAGUAAUUAAGAUGUCUAUUCCAGGAGAAUGAACUACAGGAGCUCUGUAGCACCAGAAGACUCUUCGGGAUAUGUGGAGUCCUUGAUGUCUAAUCGUUCCAAAUUUAAUAGUUUUUCGGGAACAGAUUUGGGCAUUUCUCCAACCAACGAGGGCGAAAAGGAGCUUAUCAGCUACUACAUUGUAGGUGUAUCAAUGAUAGGGGUUUGUUGCUUCGGUAUAGUCGGAAAUUUAUUGUCUCUCAUUGUUCUGACAAGACGUUCCGUUGGGGGUUCCACUACAAAUACAUAUCUUAUCUCCUUAGCCGUAGCUGAUAUGUUUGUUCUUAUCGCAACAAUUCUUACUGCCAUAAAGGAUUCUAGAAAGCCAGUUGCAAGCAAGUUGUCUUGGCUUGUUUGGCAAGAUGCGCCAAUUGUUCCACGGGCUUAUCCAUUUUGUCACGCUACGGCAGUAUUGUUUCAAGUAACAUCUGUAUGGUUAACAGUAGCCUUUGCAGCAGAUCGUUAUUUAAUGAUAUGUCAUCCAUUCUGGGCGAAACGUUGGUGUACUAUAAAACUUGCCAAAAUUGUAAUUAUUAUUAUUUAUGUAUUCAGUGUGAUCUAUAGCAUUCCACGUUAUUUUGAAUAUCAAAUAUUUGAAGUACAACUACCCUUGAAUGCAAUAGAUUGGAAUUUAGAUGAUAAUAAUAAUGUUGAUAAUGUUGAUCAAAUUAAUGAGAAUUUAAGAAAUGCCAAUGUUGUCUUUGUACAGAAUUUAUCUACUUCAUUUAAUAGCACUUCUACUUCUACUGCUCCUCUUCCUGAUAUUUCCCCUGACAUGAAUAUCACUAACCUUUAUGGUAAUUUCAGUUAUUCUAUGAAAACUAUACCUGUUAUCUGGUAUCGACUAUCAGAAUUCGGUCAGUCGGAACAAUUUCGCAAGGUUUAUCAUUUAUGGUCAUGGGUGCUACUAGUUGUCGGUAUACCAUUUGUAUCUAUUGCUAUUAUGAAUACAUUUCUAAUAUUGGAAGUACGCAAGUCUAGUCGAAAGUGUGUUGAUCAAAUAAAGCAAAGAGAAUUUCGACGACAAGAUACAAAUAUUAUGCUUAUAGGUGUAAUUGUGAUAUUUUUUAUAUGUCAGCUUCCAGCUGCAGUCAGUCAUAUUGCCUGGGGUUUGAUUACGCUAGAGGCUGGCAGUGGAAUGUCAUGGUUUCUGUUAAAUGAAAUCGGAAAUUUACUAAUUGUUGUUAACUCUGCAAUCAAUCUUUUACCCUACUACAUAUUUAGUCGAAAAUUUCGUCGACAUUUUGUACGUACAUUUUGGCCGUAUCGAUGUAUUCGAGACAAUGGUCUCCAUUGUAUUUACAUUCCAGAAUGGGCUACUAGAUCAAUGAAUCAUUACGAUGAUGUAGAAGACUCUGAAAUGGCUGGAACAAGUACCCUGCACAAUUAUCAUCCUAGAAUGAAUCUGCGAAAUUUUUCAAAUUAUCGUCUAAGCAUUCAUCGUAACAAUAGUUCAAGUUAUCGACCACGACCUAGUCUUCCAUCGAAUAUUAGAACAAGUUGUGAAUCACAAAAGUUAUUCUCGCAUAUCUUUCGACCUGUAUUCUAUAAUACACGACGUAAAAAGUCGAAAGCAGCAAGUCUUUCAUGUGAAUCGAAGCCAACGCUACAAAUGCAAGAGAGAGUGAAAGCAGCGCCAAAAGGUGUACUCUUCAAUAAAUGUCAAAAUGAUGAAGAGGCUGGUGAUGUAGCUAAAAAUCAUAAAAUACAAAAAAAUGAUAGUUUACCGUGUGAGAAUAAUAUCAAUAACAUUGACAGCAACAAUAACACCAACAACAGCAACAACAACACCAAUAACACAAAGUCGUCUAGUUUGCAUACGCUACCUUAUCGUGGAUCGAAUUCUUCGCAUUCUUCAGUUAGUUUUCAAAUUUGUGAUAAUGUUAACCAGUCAUCAACAUCUAUGCCUUUACGCUUAUUACACUGUAAGAAAAAAUCGAUCACUGAAUUUAAAUUUAGUAAAAGUAAACGUUUUCAUAGUAAAUCAGAGGCAGAUUAUCCAACGAGGAAUUGUAAUGACGAUGAUAAUGAAGGCACUGCUGACAAUGAAGGCAACGCAUGUACUAAGAAGACAAAUAGCAACAAUAAUAACGGUGAUAAUACUACUACUACUAAUAAUAAUGAUACAGCUACGCCAUCCACAGAAUAUCUUCAAAGUCUAGAAGAAGUGUCGAGUAAUCCAGAUUCUGUAGAUAUUGCAUAAAAAUCAAAUAGGAUUAUUCACUUGUGUAUUUUUUAUUGCAUAUACAAAUUGUAAUGUGAUAGUAUUCAAUGAGUGCAUAAUAAUAAUAAUUAAUGAUAAUGAUAAUAAGAGUAAUUAUUGUUUUACAUAGCUUUUCUACACAGCUGUUGAAUACAUCUUGAAGACAUCAUAUCCUACAGAACUGCGGUGUUUCUAUGUGUGUGUGUGUGGGUUUUUGUAAGUAGUCUUUCUAGAAAAAAAGUCAUCGAAUCAGAUCAGAUCAGAUCAAAUCAAAUCAAAUCAGAUAUACACAUACAUAUGCAUUUUAAUGGGAAUCUUCUUUGGGCAUACAGAGCUUUGUGAUAAAUUCCUUUUAUUCAUGGGUAAUAUAUAAUAAAAUAAGUGGGGAAUUUUGAUGUAUGCUGUUUUCCUCUCAGAUUAUACAUACAUAACUUAACUAUAUAUAUAUAUAUUCUAAUGUUUGUUUUUUCUCAUUUCCGUCUUUUUGCACAUAUUAUAAUAAUAAUAAUAAUAAUACAAUAAAAGUGAGUAAAGUAAAGUAAACAUUUAAAAUGACAACAACAAUAACAACACCAAAUAACGAGAUGAGAAAAAUGCACAUUGUACAUGAAAUCAAACUAUUUUUUAUUAUUAUUAUUAUCAUGAAUAUGACUGUUGUUCUUUGU